CUUGCCUACCCCAAAUGAAAAUUAAUGAGAAACCAUAUUAUAUUUGUAUUAAGGUAUUUUUUACAUUUAAAUAAUUUUAUAUGUCAGCAUAACAUCUCUGCAAUGAACAAACAGGAUGAUUUGCAUGACAACAAAACAACAUUGUAUAUCACUGCUUUUAUUAAGCUAUAUACUGUUGAAUUUUUCUUUAAUAAAAAUAUUUCAUAUCAUGCUUUAUGAAUUAUUUUUAAUACAAAUUAAUUUUCAGUUAUCAGCAGAUAGAAAAAUAAUUACAGCAACGUGUAAGUGCAAGGCAGGUAUCCACGGUCAGUGCAAACAUGUAGCAGCUACGAUUUUUGCUUUAAAUAAUUAUAAAGACGAAAGCGUUACCAGUGGAAAACAACAAUGGGGAAUUCCACAACAUAAGAAGAUAUACACAUCAGGUGGAUGUUGCCUUAGUAAUUGUGUAACUCCAAAAAAAAUAAAAAUACCAACAUCAUUAUCAUCAAAUGAACCAUUUUCGUUAUAUCAAAAAGUAAAACACAUUAAUUGUGCUCUUUCUUCAAUGUUAAGAGUUGAAUUUGAUGAAGAAACACAGUGUCAAGUGCUACUAUCUGAUUUAAUCGACACAGUUCAUGAACAAUGUGAGGAAUUAGAUUUAAAAUCUUUAAUUACACAAUUAUUUGAAAGUAAACAUAUAGAUUGUUAUAAAAUUGUUGAAAACCUUCCUACAAAAAUAAAACUAAAGAAACUUAAUUCAUUUACAAAUGUUAACAUUUCACAAAAAUUGUUAAAAUUUUAUAACGAUAAUGUGAUUGUCACACUUCAAAAAAUUAUUCAAAUAGCAUUUCUCACGAGAAAACAAAGCACAUGUUCAGACUGGUUCAUUUACAAACGAUACAGAUUAAGCAGCUCUAUGGCUCAUUCUGUAAAAACAAGAAAAAACAAUUUUGAAAAAUUGGCUUUUAGAUUUUUAAAUAAUACAUUUAAAGGAACAAUUGCAACUGAUUACGGAAUUAAAAUGGAGCAAAUUGCAAAAAAUUCGUUUUCGCUUAAAAAAAAUAUUAGAAUAAUUGAUGCAGGAGUUAUCAUUUGUAAUGAAGCUCCCUGGAUUUGUGCAAGCCCUGAUGGUAUAUGUAAAAAAGGAAAUAAAAUAAGCUUACUUGAAAUUAAAUGCCCUUACACGUGUAAGGAUAAAAAAAUUGUUGAUUUCAAGACAAAUGAGAUAUUUGUAAAAUAUUUAGAGUUUAAAAAUUCUAAACUUUAUUUAAAAGAAAAUAGCAGGUAUUAUACACAAAUUCAAUUAGCUUUAUAUGUAACAAAUAUUAAAUUUUCUUAUUUAUUUAUCUAUAGUGAUGUACAAAAUGUAAUACUUAAAGUGAAAAAAAAUGAGACAUUCAUUUAUUCACUAUUAGAGAAGAUGCAAAUGUUCUACUUUAAUUAUUAUUUACCUGCAAUUGUAAAUAGUAUUUAAGUAUUAAGUGUAAAUAGUAUUAAGUUUUAUAGUGUUUUCACAAUAAAAAAAUUUCACUCAUUUAUAAUUGGUGGCUGCAGAUUUACUAAUACUACACAAACAAACAUUAUUUUAUCUACAUAUGGAAGAAGUGAAAUGGGUAAUCUACGGUUCAAUAUUUCAAAAAUUUUAAUUCUACCAAUGGCUCUCUCAACGUGAAUUCUUACACGAGCAAUUUUGUAUGUUUCGUCCAUUUCAUUACCACUAAACUGCUUUUGAUUUGGUUUUGAAAAAGGAGGCAUAAUUAAAAUAGAAUUUUUAUUUUCGACAGCCAAUUUAAUUUCA